CCCCUGCCCUGAUCCGUGCUUCGGAGUUCAUAAGUCGUGCAGCGUGCGCGACGGUAGGGACGCGUUUUACCGGGAGUAUGGCGGAUACCGGCUUGCGCCGCGUGGUUCCAAGCGACCUUUAUCCCCUCGUGCUCGGUUUUCUGCGUGAUAACCAACUCUCGGAGGUGGCCAGUAAAUUUGCAAAAGCGACAGGCGCUACACAGCAGGAUGCCAAUGCCUCUUCCCUCUUGGACAUCUAUAGCUUCUGGCUCAACAGGUCCACCAAAGCCCCAAAGCGGAAAUUACAGUCAAAUGGACCAGUGACCAAGAAGGCAAAGAAGGAGACUUCCUCCAGUGACAGCAGCGAGGACAGCAGUGAGGAAGAGGAAAAAGCCCAAGGACUUCCAGCGAAGAAGGCUGCUGUGCCUGUCAAGCGAACCAGUUUGCCUCAGCAUGCUGGGAAGGCAGUAGCCAAAGCGUCAGAGAGCAGCAGCAGCGAAGAAUCCAGUGAUGAGGAGGAGGAGGAAGAGGACAACAAAAAGAAAAAGCCUGUCCAGCAAAAGGCAGUUAAGCCCCAAGCCAAGGCAGUCAAAGCUCCUCCUAAGAAAGCCAAGAGCUCUGAAUCCGAGUCUGACUCAAGCUCAGAAGAUGAAGCACCACAGACCCCGAAGCUAAAGACAGCCACGGCAGCCAAAGCUCAACCUAAAGCCGCAGCUAAGCCAGGUACACCGGCUAAAGCACAACCUAAAGUAACCAAUGGCAAAGCAGGCAGCAGCAGCAGCAGCAGCAGCAGCAGCAGCGAUGACUCUGAAGAGGAGGAGAAGCCAACUGCACCCCCCAAGAAGAUGCAGACUGUACCUAAAAAACAAGUUGUGGCCAAGGCACCAGUGAAGGUGGCUGCCACCCCUACUCAAAAGAGUUCUAGCAGUGAGGAGUCUUCUAGUGAUGAGGAAGAGCAGAAAAAACCCAUGAAGAAAAAACCAGGUCCCUACAGUUCAGUCCCACCGCCUUCUGUUCCUUUGCCAAAGAAGUCCUUGGGAACCCAGUCUCCAAAGAAAGCUGCCGUGCAGAAAAAGCCUGCAGAUAGCAGUGAGGACAGCAGUGAUGAGUCUGAUUCGAGCUCUGAGGAAGAAGAGAAGAAAGCCCCUGCUAAAGCGGUCCUCUCCAAGACACCCACCACACCAGCUCCUGCCAAACCAGCUCCUGCCAAACCAGCUCCUGCCAAACCAGCUCCAGCAAAGAAGAAAGAGAGCUCUUCAGACAGCUCAGAUUCUGACAGUUCUGAGGACGAAGCUCCUGCCAAGCCAGUCAGCACCCCCAAGAAUCCUGUGAGCAAGGCAGCUGUCACUCCCAAGCCAUCUGUGGCUAAGACAGCUGUCACUCCUAAGCAACCAGCAGGCAGUGGCCAGAAACCUCAGACCAGAAAGGCUGACAGCAGCUCCAGUGAGGAGGAGAGCAGCUCCAGUGAGGAGGAGACAGCAAAGAAAACUGUGACAACCCCCAAGCCCAAGGUGUCUGCUAAAGCAGCACCAUCCCUGCCUGCCAAAAAGGCGCCUCAGGCUGCGGCAGACAGCAGCUCCGACUCAGACAGUUCCAGCAGUGACGAAGAGGAGAAGACACCUAAGCCCCCAGCUAAGACAAAGGCAGUGGGAGGCAAAGCCCCUUCCAAAGCAGCCUCUGGGAAGAAGGCAGCAGCUGAGAGCAGCAGCUCCUCUGAAAGUUCCAGUGCCGAGGAGGAGAAGCCCAAGGGCAAGGGCAGUGCUGGACCCCAGGCCAGCAAGGCCAACGGCACUCCCGCGCCUCAGAACGGACAAGCAGGCAAGCAAAGUGAGGGAGAGGAGGAGGAGGAGGAGGAAGAGACGAAAAGGGCAGUUUCCAAGCCAGGUUCAGGAAAGAAACAAAAGCAGAAUGACACAGCAGAGGAAGCAGAGACACCUCAAGCUAAGAAAGUUAAGCUCCAGACUCCCAACACUUUUCCCAAAAGGAAGAAAGCAGAUAAAAGGGCAUCUUCCCCAUUCCGAAGGGUCAGGGAGGAGGAGAUUGAGGUGGAUUCACGAGUAGCAGACAAUUCCUUUGAUGCCAAGCGAGGUGCAGCUGGAGACUGGGGUGAGCGAGCCAAUCAGGUUCUGAAGUUCACCAAAGGCAAGUCCUUCCGCCAUGAAAAAACGAAGAAGAAGAGGGGCAGCUACCGGGGCGGCUCCAUCUCUGUGCAGGUCAAUUCCGUCAAGUUUGACAGCGAGUGACCUGUGGUCAUCUUAGCAGAGGACGGUGGUGAUGGAGGGCUGGCCCGUCACCACCAAUGGACCCAGAGACUCAGUGCCGUCAGGAGAGGGUCCUGAGACUCAUCAGUCUCCAGUCCUUCCAUGUUCCUCCUUUUGUACGGGUUUGCUUGUCGUCAUUGCCUUCCUGUUCUGUGGGUCUGCAUAUGGAGAAGUUUGUAUGUUUUAUAUUAAAUGAUUUCGUAUAGAUUGUUAUGAUUUUCAGAGAUGAGUUCCACAGAAUGUCAGAAUGUCACGUGGUCAGAGUUGGAGAACUCUUGUCGUGUGAGUGCACAUCCACAUUCUACCCCACUUGCACCCGACCAUGGUGGGGUUAUUGGUUGUGGAAUUUGUCUUGUAAGUGUGCUCUGUGUUCAUCCAAAGCUUUCAGAAACCAGCAUGAUCUACCAACUUUUGGGGAUAAAAGUGCUGCUCUUGGAAUAUAACAGCCUAUAAAAUUGACAGGCAUUAGCUGGGCGGUGAUGGCUCACGCCUUUAAUCCCAGCACAGCAGAGGCAGGCGGAUCUCUGGGUUCCUGGACAGCCAGGGCUACACAGACAGAAACCCUAUGUUGGGGGUAAAAUGACAGGCAGAAUUCUCUGUGGUGUGAAUGUAACUGUCUUGAGUAUUUUGUUUCUAGUAAUUGUUACUAUUACAUGUUUACAAUACACCUUAGUUUUAAUUUCUAAGCAGGCUUUUCUGACAUUGAAAAGCAUUUUCAACAACUUGACCCUUACUACUGUGUAUACUAAAUUCAUAUGUAUACUAAAUUCAUGCCUGUAUUUGUUUUUAACGUCAUCAACAACUGAACAAUGCUUAAUUACUUCUGUCUUGGUAACAGUGGCGACACAAAAUUGGUGUGAUUAAUUCCUGCAUGGUUGAAAAUCACCUGACAAGGAAAUGAUGAAUUAAAACCUCAGCCCUCAAUGUGAAGUAGGUUACAGUGGGUACAUGACAGGAAACCUGUGGGGAGGAACGGAAAGAAUGUUACGUUGUAGAGACAGACAGGCUUGCGAACAGCAAGGUUGGAGGAUCUGAACACAGGAUCGUUUUGUCUUGAUUGGUACAUGGGGGUGAUUGUGUCUUGUUUAAGACGGUCCUCUGUACUAAUUGUUAGUGAUUUCAGCACGCUGGGAAAGCGCAUCUAGGGAACAGUGCUUGCCUAGCAUUCAUGUCCCUAGUUUGAUCCCUAGCACUUCAAUAAAUAGGUAAAUAAAUAAACGAGCAGAGCUUCGUGGGCCAGCGGAGUCGUUGGGAUGUGACAGAGCUCAGCCAGAGGGAGGGGAGAGGAGAGCACUGGGCUGACCUGCUGAGAACAGACACCAGGCUCCACGGAUGAAAUACCUGAUGACUUGUUAGAAGCUGGCGCUCUGUGGCAGCUCCUCAAGGAAGAAAAUGUGCGGAUCUCUACAUGGUCAGAGCUCUGCGUCUUACCAGAGCAAUAAACUGGAUGGUGUAUAA